AUGGUGACCGGUAAAUUCGAAUACAACAUUUUGCAGGAAAAUGAGAUCAGGGUAUUGGUGCUGGAUGCAGCAACUCAAGAGGGAGACAUCCUCUCGGGCGCUCUCGUCGUCGUGAAGCAUAUCCCGGGCGAUCACGUCACCCGGUACGAUGCGAUGUCAUACACCUGGGGUGACCAGUCAGAUCCAGAGUAUAUAGAUCUGAGGCAUCCAAGACCGAUUGGUCACGACAAAUCUUGCAUUUGCAACAGGGAGUCUUCGGGGUCGCUCGCUAUCGGUCGCAAUCUUGCUUCUGCUUUGAGAAAGAUCCGUCACCAGAGCAAUAACCAGAUCCUCUGGGCCGACUCAAUUUGUAUCAAUCAACAGGAUCUGGAUGAGCGAGCCGCGCAAGUCCUGCGGAUGCGCGAUAUAUACAAACACGCCCAGCGCGUCAUUGCCUGGCUCGGCCCCGCAGAUGAGCACAGCCCCAUUGCGAUUGCCAUGCUGCAAGAACUCGCCGACUGCGUCGACUUUACCAACGAGGAGGAUGACAUCUUGGAUAACCGGAUAAGGUUUAAGAUGGAUAAGUAUGAAUUCAUUAUGAGAAAAAACCCAGACAAUUCACACGACUGGUCCAAGCCUAUGCCCUUUUCUGACCACCAAUGGCAGGCGUUGGUAUCAUUGAUAUCACGGUCCUGGUUCCGCCGACUAUGGGUUCGUCAAGAAAUCCUACUGGCAGGCAAAGGCAUAAUUCUCUUAGUAGGAGACAAAAGUAUACCUUGGGUGCAUUUCAGGAGCGCCAUCGAGAUAAUUGCUGCAAAAAGAGAAGCAUUGGCUGGCACGGUUGACAUCCAUACUACGGUCGAGUUUUCCAACGCACGCAGCUUUUCAGCGCUCCGACACUUGAGGGACUUUUUCUCUCUUGUAGCUUACACACACGCCUGUGAGGUGACAGAGCCCAGGGAUAGAGUCUUUGCACUGUUGGGUCUCGCAGAGGGCGGCUUUACUAGUGAAAUUGUGGUUGACUAUAGAAAGGAUGUUAAGGACGUUCAUCGCGAUGCUUUGGUGCGGGCUUCAACGUACCAUCAGGAUCUCAAGUUGAUGUCGCUGUGCGACUCAGCGUCUGAGCCGACAUGGAUCCCCGAUUUGGAGCGGAUACAGCUCCAGCGGCCUAUGACUUACGGUCGAGCUGCCCUUUGCUCCGCCGAAAACGGGCAUGCGUUUACUAAGGAGCAAUUGUUGCUACAAGGUAUACGUUGCGACUACAUCUCGGAGCUAGUCGGGCCCCAGGGCAGUCAAAACUCUCAAGCACAGCUCCAAACCACUGUCCUAGAGGCAGCGCGACGCUUUCUGGGACCCAAUCCAGAGACUUGGGAUUUUCAAAAGGUUCAGCAAUUUUCCCUCAUGCUGCAUGUGAAUGACUUCUUUAUCCACCCCCCAUUCAUCAACAAGACGCACGAGCAGUUGGCGCAGCGAAUCAGCACCCACAGUAAGACACUCGGUGGCCAACUUGCACACUUGACUUACUACAUGCACAAUCGCUCUAUAUAUCUAACCAAAAUGGGUUACAUCGUGCUGGGCCCACGAGACUGUCAGCCGAAUGACCUCAUCGUUGUCUUCCUUGGCUGCCAUCUGCCCAUGGUUCUUCGGUCGAUUGAAGACGGCGAGUACAAGCUGAAAGGGCCUUGUGCUCAUCCAGCACUCUUGGCCGGUGAAGCAAUUCUUGGCGAGAUGCCAAAGGGUUGGCGCCUAAGCUAUUCCAGACGAGGUGAAAGCCCUGUCUUUGAGGAUCCAGAAGGCAAGCGGCAUCAUAUAGACCCACGGUUAGAGGGUAUGCCGGUCCCUGAGGAAUGGGAACUGCGUUGGAGGAACAAUGGUACUCCGUUUUGGUAUAUUGCUGCAGAAGAUCGAUGGACCAACUUCGAUCCAAGAAUAUCACUAGAGGGCCUUAGGAAGAGAGGGGUGAGAGUGGAUGAUUAUGUAUUGCGGUGA